UCGCUGCGUUCGUUUUGCCCACCGCUAUACCUCGUUUCCUGUUCCUUGUGGGUUUGCCUGUCACACCUCCGUUCAGAUCACCUCGGUCUUGCUCCAAGCCUGUUUCAGGCAGCACGCAGCCCCACCUCUUUCACGAUAAGACCCCCGCUCUUGUCUUAUCUUACCGGGCCAUUGCGGAGGUCUGAUUCAAGAGGCUGGUGGUCAUUCGCGGGCAACCUGAUUCAGCGCUGCAGUCUGCUCAUCUUCCUUCGUCUCGACCUUCUCGAUUUUGUUGGAAGCGAUUACAUCGUCCACUCGAGCUCUUGCAGACAUGGCAAACACUGCUCAGUGUUUAUAUUGCUUUGAAAGCCUGUUGGCCUCAUUUGAAGGCCGCGAGCCUCCUUCUUUGGCUGCUUUAGAAACCCUCUGGGAGCAGUAUGAGCAAUCUAAGAAGCUCUCGAGCCUUGGAGACCAAGAUCUGGAGGAGGAGCAAGAGGAUGCAGAUGUUGAUGCAGGGCCAGCUCAGGCUGUGAAUGGCCUUGAUGCCGAUGCUGACGCCAUACAGUCUUCCAGCACUACUAAUCGGCCAAAUGGCCUGAAACUCCCCAGCAUCAGCCGUCUACAGAGCCAGGUAUCGUCUGGCUCAUCCAGCACAUCCACGACGCCUUCUUCCGCUUCCAACAAAUCAGCAAACUCGCUUUUGUCUAGUAGUACGACUGUAACGACUCCGAGUGCACAAUCAGAGAGAUCCAUUUCAAGGGCCAAAUCCGCUGAGCAGCGAUAUCCGGUGUUCGUGACAUGGAAUACAAUCUCUCGUGGACACAAGUCUUUGCGAGGGUGCAUAGGCACAUACGAAGCACUGGACCUUGCAGUGGGACUGAAGCAGUACGCGUUGACUUCGGCUUUUGACGAUACUCGCUUCUCUCCGAUUCCCCAGUCUCUCCUACCCUCUCUCUCAUGCUCCCUGACCCUUCUGGUUUCAUUUGAGCCGUGUACCAACGCCUUGGACUGGACCCUCGGCACCCAUGGCAUCCGCAUAUCCUUCAUUCAUCGUGGCCGUCGGUACGGUGCCACAUAUCUACCCGACGUCGCCGUAGAACAAGGGUGGACGAAAGAAGAGGCCGUCGAGAGUCUGAUGCGCAAGGCAGGCUGGGACGGCGGUGCGGGUGGUGUCGCUCGGCGACUACUGCGCACUGGGACAAGCUCUAGUGGUACCAAGCCUUGGGAUCAAGUAUCUGAUUUUCGCACAGUUCGGUAUCAGGGCCUCAAGGCCAGUGCCAGUUAUGAGGAAUGGCAGGAGUGGCGGACGUGGGUGCUUUCGCUGGACGAUGGGCGGGAGAUUCUGGAAUCGGAUUGAGUGUUAUGGGCCUCCAGCACUUCUUUACUACCUCCAUAUCUCGUGUUCCGUAGAUCUCGGGGUUGAUGACCAUAAUGACCUUUUUUCUACGUUUUCCUCUUCAAAUGUUAUUGGGCCGGAAGCCGAAGCGGGCUAUCUCAAGCAAAUGCAUGGAUCCGCAACAAGUGGUCGAUUCCAAUGGAUGUAGAUCAGCUACUUCAUGGAUCAACAACAUUACCAAAUCCCGUAUCAAAGUCUCCUAUAAGAGCCCUCCCGUAGGAAAUAGUUCAUCAGUCAUUGCAUUUGGAUCGUAAUAUAUAGAAAUCCUUCAAUGAACACCCCCUGAAAACAAUGAUCAGGAAGACAGACUACCCAGAGCAAGGCAGCAAAAUUGUACCAAGAGAAGCUAUCGAUGCACCAUGAAUUAUCCUCUCAUUUCGCAUGUCCACGACUCCACAAUCCAGCAACCAUGUCCUUAACUCUUCUCUCCUGUUCCCGAAUCUGCUCUUCAGUCUGCCCGCGAGCAUUUCCCCGACUAUCAAUCUGCAUGGGACUCCCAACCCCAUUAUUCGCACUAGGUGUAGCAUGACGACUUUCCUCAACAACCUCAUUCCCAUUCACACGUUCCGGCUUCGGAUCAAUGCUCAUCACCCCAUCCAUCAUAAACCCGCCACCUUCGCGCAACUUGUUAAUAGCGCGCACGGUAUCGAUGGCGCGGUGCAGGGUACGCCGGGCGUUGAAAUUCUUCUUGACGGUCGGCAGCAGAUCCUCGCCGGAGCCAAUCUUGGCCAGGUCGUAGGGCGGGUUGACCCAGCUGUGCUGCAGGGCUUCGUGGGCGGACAUUCGCUUUUGCGGGUCGAUGGUCAGGCAGCGGUUGAUGAAGUUGCGGGCUUCUUGGGAGACACCGCGCCAAUACUCGAGAGGGGUGAAGGAGUAAUCGGCCGCGAGGAUGGCUUGCAUUUCUUCUAGGUUUGAGUCCCGGUCGAAGGGUGUGUAGCCGCACAGGAGGAAGUAGGUGAUCACGCCGAUUGCCCAGAUAUCACUAAGGAGACAUUUAUUAGGAGGGAUUCUUC